AUAAUGUUCGUUUACCGCGCAUGUGCAUAGUAUGGAUGAAAUAAUUUGUCGUUCUUGAUUCUAGCAAUGACAAAGUUCUCGAAGUUUAGUUUUAUAUUCGUCGAUUUAUACAGUUCUUAAACAAUUUUCAUUUAUAUACAACUUAUGUACUAAGUUUCUUAUUUGUUUGAAGUAUGAUUUAUUAACAUUUUGCCUUUUAUUAACCAUUUACUUCGCGAACAACUGAACAAUCAACUCAAAUGCUAGUGAAAAAAAUGUAAAACAUUGAAAUUAAAGAAAACAAAUUCAUCUCUAAAGAAAGCAAGCAAGAUGGUUUCUACCAGACAAAUGACCAUUGUGAACAAUGGCAAUGAAACAAAUCAAUUACCUAGUGAAACUGGACCAGCAAAACUUACAAGAAAUAGUGCCAUCCAAACCAUUGGUACAGUGCAAUUUAACAGACUUGUGCAAUCAAAAAACCUUUUGGAUUUACCUGAAGAAGUUUUAGGGAAAAUAUUUAGCUAUUUAUCUUUCAAGAAUGUUUGUCACCUAAGACUUGUAUGCCGUACUAUCGACAGAGUGUGUGGACACAUCCUAAACUCCACGUUUCUCCGUCUUCAAACGCAGAUGCUGCAAAGGUUCCAGGACAUCAAGAGCAAAAUGCCUCGCAGAGAGUCGGCCCGACGGAGCCACUACCUGGCCGGCGAGAGCGACAUCGUCGAGACCCUGCACAUGCGACUCACGCUGCUCCAAAUGACGUUCGGAAAGCACAUCGAAAGAAGGCACUGCUACUUUUUUCCGGGCGAAAUUCUGGACGAGGUCUAUCGCAUCCUCUACUACAUCAGAGUUACGCAGAAAUUGGAUCUGCCCUACAAGGUCACGGACGAGCUGUUCGAUCUGUCGACGAUGGCGAUGGAGUAUUUCAAGGACAAGAUCGAGCCCAACUUGCCCGAGAUUGCGUACUUUAGUCCGGAGUUUUUGAAUUUUUCCGGCUCGAGUUCGAGCAAGUUCUUGCACAUGGACUCCUCGAACCUGGUCUCCGACAUAUCGAAAGAGAGCAACCACGACGGCUCGGACGACGCGAUCGACCCCGACGACCUCGUCGAUCCGAUCCCGCAAUCGAACAUGGUGCUGCGCAAGCGCAUCCGCAAAAUCAAGCAGGGCAUGAAAAAGUACAACAGCCAGCUGUCCGAUCUCAGGCAGGCGCUGAGAUCGUGCAAGCGCAAGACGGCCGACCAGCAGAAGCAGAUCACCGAGCAGCAGAAGCAGCUGGCCGAGCAGCAGAAGCAGACGUUGGAGUACGCGACCAGGUUGGACGAGUACGACAAGAAGAACGAGGAGAGUUCGCGCAAGUUCAGCACGUUGCUGCAAGAGCUGAACAAAUGCAAGACCGAGUUGCAAUAUUGGAGGUGUAAAUCGCCGGCUACUUCAUUCUGUACCAGUUGCGGCAACGCCAUCGAUCCGCAGCCGGACGAGCUGCAAGCUUUGCUGAAGCUCGAAGCUUCGGAUCUCAAUCUAGUUUGCGCUGGAGACGGAGUUGCGGGAAAGAGCGAGUGCGAAAACGCAGCACCAGUUAAUGUUAUUAAUAAUAAAGACAAGGAAUUGGAUCUGCCGUCUGUAUCGCCGAUUUGCAUUAAGAACAACAAACGAAAACUCGACCUGGAGACGAAAGAAGAGUCGACCAGCAGUAAGAAAAAACGCCGGCCAUCGAAAAUACGUAAAGUUAAGGCAAAGGUUUGAACCAAAGCUACAAAUUGAAUUUUUAUAGACAUUUUUACUCAUAUAUGGGCAUACAAUAUUUAAAUGCUUCAUAUUUGUCAUAGUUAGAGUAGUACAGACUAAAUUAAGUAAACUUGUGCGAGUUCAUUUGUUUAUUGAUUAUGAAAUAUAAAAGUUUUUACUUAUUUAAUACACUGGUCGACAAAAUGGAAUUUUUUGUUUGCCACGGGGUGGCCAUUGAUUCCAAAAAUACCACCACUUUGUUCAAUUAGCUCUUGUUUUUGCGAUAUUGUGAAAAAAAGUUUUUUUUAUAAGCAUACAUUUAAAUUCGUAUACACCGGAGCCCAAUUUUUUUAAAUCACUACAUAUUUUUUCUCUACAUUUUUCCUCUCAUUUCGAUGCUAAACAGGAUUAUGUCAAUUAAUUAUUUACCAUUGGAAAGAGCGGAAAAUGAAGACAAAAAUUCCAUCAAAUAAAAUGUUUUUUGGAGUGACCCCUGCUGAUUUUUUUUUUUAAUUUUGGUUAUUCUCUAUCUAUUUAUUAUAAAAGACCCUCGGCGAAACGCACGAAUUACAAAACUGUUUUUAUAAAAAAAAUUAUAGAUAAUUUAUUAUAUAAUAUUUUGGCAUAAAAAUUGUCAAAAAUAUUCUUCUUUUAUUA